ACUGGUUAUAGACUGUUUAUAGACUGGUUCCAGACUGGUUGUAGACUGGUUCCAGACUGGUUAUAGACUGGUUAUAGACUGGUUCCAGACUGGUGGUAGACUGGUUAUAGACUGGUUCCAGACUGGUAUUGGACUGGUUUUGGAUUGGUUCCAGACUGGUACUGGACUUGUUCUGAACUGGUUCUGAACUGGUUCUGAACUGGCUUUGAGUAGCUUCUAUCUAUCUGGACAGAACCACAUGAUGCUGCUGCUGUUGUCAAUGCUGCUCACUCUCUCUCUGUCUCUCUCUGUUCCUAACUGGUUGUCAUGGAAACCAGCAUGGAGGAGAGUGAGUGAGCAUCCCUUCCCUCCCUCCUCCACUCCCCCCUCCCCUCCCUUCCUCGCUGCCGCCGGCCGCCGCUCUCACACCGGGCCGCCCCCUGAAUCAAACCGAGCGCUGUAGCCUCCGUCUGCGGCUGAAGCAGCAGCCUGUCGGACGGUGCGGACGGUGUGUCGGUGCGUGUGCACGUCGGUCCGGGGCCGGUGUGUGUGAGUGCGCGUGUGGUUGUGACCCGGUUCGUUCUGCUGCUGUGGACCGGGGGGAGGGGGGGGGACGCUCUCUCCCGCACCGACAGCCUCUUUAAUGACCGGAUUUGUGUUUUGCUGCGCGAUGUACAUGGACCGAAGCAGCCUGAGCAGAGGCCCCGCCUCCCCCUCCAGUCCCAGCUUGCUGACGAAGAGCCUCUCUCUGGAGCCGUCCUGCUCACCCUGCGGCCACCAGGGGGCGCUGGAUGCUGACGCUGCACAGCAGUCGAUGGCCAACCCGAGCCCCAGCUGCUCCUCCUCGGGUUCCGCCUCCCUGGAGGGAGGGGCGGAGCUACCAGAGCUGGUGAAUGACAUGGGGCCACCAGAGUUGCCGGUCGCCAUGACGACACCACCAAGCAGGAGCCGGCCCCCGCUGCCAGGGCCCAAACCACAAGUGCCCCCAAAGCCCCCCCACCUCCAACAGCAGGUGACAAGGACACGCCUCCGAGCUCCAGACAAGCCCCUCCCCCCUCCGCCACCAUGCAGACCGCUCCCAGCCGACCCUCGGGGGGGACGGACUCCUCCCACCUGCCCCGACGGCACCGCCUCCCCUACCUGUGUCCUGUCACUCAUCGAGAAGUUUGAACGAGAACAGAUUAUUGUGGUUCCUGACAUCACAGGCGGCGCUCUCUGUACCCGCCUCCCUGACCCCGCCUCCUCCCAACCAUCAUCACCACCAUCAUCAUCCUCACCUGCCCCUCCCCUUCCGGAUGAGGAGCCGCCCACAAGUCCUGAUGACAUCACACCGGGGGUAGAGGGGGUGGAGGACAACCCGCGUGAUGAAGACGACGAUGAUGAUGACGACGACGGUGAUGAUGAAGAGCUGGUGGCGGCGUGUCGUGCUGACGUCCAUCAGAAGUGUCUGUCCAUGGAGUCGGGUUACACCGCCUCGGAGAAGCACCUGGAGGAUGAUGUGGCUGCCAUGGAAAUGAGGGAGCAGCAACAGGAGCUGCCGCCGCCACUCGACCAAUCAGAGCUGCCGUCUGAGCGUCUGUCCCUCCCCUCCUCGCAGACGGAUGGGAAGCUGGCCAAUCGAGACAGUGGCAUCGACAGCAUCAGCUCGCCGUCGCACAGUGAGGAGCUCUGCUUUGCCAGCGUGGAGGACGGGGGCGUGGUCUACCCUUGUAGCCCCGCCCUCCUACCCCGCCUCUCCAGCUCGUCCUCGUAUGCCUGCGAUGGAGGGGAAGGGGAGGCAAGAGGCGGAGCCAGGAGGAGGAGGGAGUUCUCUGAGGAGGGGGACAGCGACCUGGAGGAGGAGGAGGAGGAGGCGGAGCUAACACUGGUGCUGCCCGCCCCCAAGACGGACCGACAGGACUCUGUGGAGCUGUCUGUCCAACAGAGAGUCUUCAACAUCGCCAAUGAGCUGCUGCAAACUGAGACCGCUUACGUCUCCAAACUGCACCUGCUGGACCAGGUUUUCUGCUGCAGACUCCUGGAGGAGGCUCGGUCUCGUUCCUCGUUUCCCUGCGAUGUGGUUCAGGGCAUCUUCUCCAACAUCUGCUCCAUACACUGCUUCCACCAGCAGUUUCUGCUGCCGGCGCUGCAGAAGCGAAUGGAGGAGUGGGACUCGAACCCGCGGAUCGGCGACAUCCUGCAGAAGUUGGCCCCCUUCCUGAAGAUGUACGGAGAGUACGUGAAGAACUUCGACCAAGCCAUGGAGCUGGUCAACACCUGGAUGGAGAGGUCGACCCAGUUCAAGGCCACCAUCCAGGAGAUCCAGAGGGAGGAGCGUUGUGGGAACCUCACCCUGCAGCACCACAUGUUGGAGCCGGUCCAGAGGAUUCCUCGCUACGAGCUGCUGCUCAAAGAUUAUCUGCACCGACUGCCGGAGGACGCUCCGGACUACAGGGACGCCCAGAAGUCUCUGGAGCUGAUUGCCACGGCAGCCGAACACUCCAACGCUGCCAUCAGGAAGAUGGAGCGAAUGAGGAAGCUGCUGAAGGUCUAUGAGCUGCUGGGAGGAGAAGAAGACAUCGUGAACCCGACCAACGAGCUCAUCAAGGAGGGACACAUCCUCAAACUGUCCAAUAAGAACGGAACCACGCAGGACCGAUACCUGAUCCUGUUCAACGACAGGCUGCUGUACUGUGUCCCAAAGCUGCGUCUGAUUGGUCAGAAGUAUGGCGUCCGCGCUCGCAUUGAUGUGGAUGGAAUGGAGCUGAAGGAGACCAGCAGUGUGGCUGUUCCUCGAACAUUCCUGGUUUCUGGAAAACAAAGAUCUCUGGAGCUGCAGGCCAGGACAGAGGAGGAGAAGAAGGACUGGAUCCAGGCCAUCCAGGCCACGAUCCAGAGACAUGAACAGACCAUGGAGAGCUUCAGACACCUCAACUGUUCACUACGAGACGACGACUCCACACCGCCACACUCCCCGAGCUGUGUGGAACUGGGGAAACGAGCGCCGACUCCGAUCAGGGAGAAGGAAGUGACUCUGUGCAUGAAGUGUCAGGAGCCGUUUAACUCCAUCACCAAGCGCCGGCAUCACUGCAAAGCCUGUGGACACGUGGUUUGUGGGAAAUGCUCUGAGUUCCGUGCUCGUCUGUCGUACGACAACAACCGGACUAACCGUGUGUGUGUGGACUGCUACGCCACGCUGGUGGGCGUGUUUCCGUCACCCACCGGACUGAGCAGCAGCACUCAGAGGAGGCGGUCCAUCCUGGAGAAACAGGCCUCGCUGGCGGCAGAGAACAGCGUGAUCUGCAGCUUCCUUCACCACAUGGAGAAAGGAGGGGGGCGGGGCUGGCAGAAGGCGUGGUUCGUUAUCCCCGAGAACGAGCCGCUAGUGCUGUACGUCUAUGGAGCUCCGCAGGACGUGAAGGCUCAGCGCAGCGUCCCUCUGAUUGGCUUCGAGGUCUCUCUGCCGGAGUCAUGUGACCGCCUGGAGCGACGCCACGCCUUCAAGAUCUCCCAGAGUCACCUGACCCUCUACUUCAGCGCCGAGGGGGAGGAGCUUCAGCGCCGAUGGAUGGACGUCCUGUCGAGGGCCGGGAGAGGGGAGGUGCCUCAGGUGCACCGACCAAUUGUGGAGAGUCUGGAGGAGGAAGGGGAGGAGCUUUCUGUGGCUGAGGGGGAGAACACAUGAUGAGGAGGAGGAGCUUCAGCAGCUUUUAAGGCGAGGCCUGAUUGGACAGAAGGAAAUACAAACCAGUUCAAACCAGAACCAACCAGAACUAAAGGUUCAAACCAGUCAUCACUUUACCCACAAUCCUCAGCUGCUCUUGCCAUGGAGACGCCUCCACCUUCAUCUGUGACAUCAUAUUCAGAAUGCCGAUCCAAGAAACUUAAAAGUGAAAGAGGAGACGAGUGAUCAGAAACUGCGCUGAUAAUCAAUUGAUCGGGUCUGUUUCAACCAGCGAUCAGAAUAUAAUUAGCACAACGAUUGAUCAGGAACCUGAUCAGUAGGUUCCGUCCUGGAUUAAUGAUCCAUCAGAUGAUCAGAUUAAUGAUCCGUCAGCUGAUCAGAUUAAUGAUCCGUCAGCUGAUCAGUCAGCUGAUCAGAUUAAUGAUCCGUCAGCUGAUCCGAUUAAUGAUCCAUCAGCUGAUCAAUCUGAAGCUUCUGAUUGGACCAUCAGCAUAAAGCACAACCUUCUACGUGUUCGAUGUUGUUUCUGAAUUUAACAGUUCCUUACGGUGUCUCGACAGUUCCACUAGAACCUUUGCUGCAGGAACCUUCCCAGGAACCAAGGUUCCUUCAGUUGGUCAGCUGUGUUUCCUUGUUCCUGCAGUGGAAACUAAAACUCUUCAGAACGUUGACUCCAACUUCCUGCAGGUCUCCUCUCAGUGAUCAUCUCCAGCCUCUACAAGCCCUUUGUGUACCACCUCAGCCAAUCAGCAUCCACCUGUCAGAAUCUACCCAAACAGCACUGAAACCCACACAGCAGUUAUUUUAGAGGUUCUACCUACCUGGAGCAGGUCCUUUGUUCUCCCCUGAUCACAGCCCUGAAAGAGGUUCUACUGGACGGUUCCUGUGGUUGAAACAAAGGUUCGGUUCCCCCGAAAACAACCUCAAAGUUCCUGCAGUGGGAACAGCCUGCUGAGACCUCCGGUGGAAACACAGGUAGACCAGCUGAGCUCCUCAGAAGGUUCUCCAUCUCAGAAGAAGGUUCCUGCGGUGCAAACGUUUCCUGUCUAUUAAAUCCUUCCUAAGUUCCUGAACACCUUCAGAACCUGCAGACAGAACAUGGACGAUAAACCAGAGGGGCUGAUGGUAGAACCCACAAACUAGACCCUGAAGAGAACCCGUCCUGCUCUUUUAAUGCUUCCACUAAGGCAGGAGGAUGAGCUCCGUCUAUGGAGAGAACGUGGAACUCAGUGUUACUGCCACUGAGUUCUGGUGGCCAUUAACAGAACUGCAGAUACAAAAACCCACAACUUAUUUCACAUUGCAGUAACUAUCCAAAGCAUGAGAACUACACAGUGAUGAUCUCAGAACUAUGGUGCAUGUCGAAGCUGGUUCUCCUGGAUGAAUACAAACAUGUUAGAAAACAAACAGUUCCAGAGUUCUGCAGGACGUUCUUGUCUGGACUCCAGUCCAGCAUUGGCUCUCAGCUAAACAACAGCUUUCAUCAAUGAAAACCGAACGUCCACCAAGUUCAUCCAAAAGAUUCAAGAAGAAUCAGCAGAAUCUAAGGUGACUGUUAGACUCUAGAACCCCCUUUAGAUGCACUUCAACUACUCUAAUGCCAAAUUCCCCCAAAACAAGUCCAGACCUCCAAGCUGCCGAUCAGCAGCCUGUCAGGAGUUGAACUACGUUUCCCAGCAGCCCCCUGCUGGUGGACUCCAGUACUGCAGGCUUUUCUAAAACCACAGAGUCCGACAGAAACGUCUCUUUUCCAUUUUUAUUUGACCUUUAAAUGUUAGAGAUCAUUUAUGUCCUUCAGAUGUUUGGUUCUCAGAGUUCAAAGUGUUUCUUCAAUCUGACCAAUUUUUCACAAAGCAGACAAACUUCCUCUUUCCUUCAUGAACUGACAGCGUCUUUGAAGAAGUGCCGUUUACAGCCACCUCUCUGCUGUUGGAAAAAAGUUUGAUUAUUGCUUCACUACAUCAUUUGACAUUUUUAUGAAAUUAUGGUCCAGAUUUAGUCUCCAGAACAUUUCGUCUUUGUUGGUGCCAUGAAGAGAGUGGAAGUUUGAAGCUGAAACCACGUAUUUGACCUGAAAAUAAAUCAGUCACAGCAGUGAGUCAUUAUUUAGAAAUUAAAAUACAGAAAUGGAUCUGCUUCCAGUUUCUCAUGUGUGAAUAUUUUUUCUUUUUUCUGAAUAUUUUAGAUUGUUGGUCCAGCAUUUGAAGCCUCUGACUCUGAGAAGCUCAGAUUUUCUUACAUUUAUUGACCAGAAGAAGGAACUAAAAACCAAUAAUGGAAAUAAUCAUCUGUGAGAUACGAGGACACGGAUGAUGUCAACAGAUCAGAGACACCAAGAGGAGCCCAGACCGGUUUGAUUCCAACUCAGGCCGGUUUAACCCUAACCCAAACCAGUUUGACCCUAGCCCAGGCCGGUAUAACCCUAAUCCAAACCAGUUUGGCCCUAACCCAGACCGGUUUAACCACAGCCCAGACCAGUUUAACCCCAACCCAAACCAGUUUGGCCUUAACCCAGACCGGUUUAACCACAGCCCAGACCAGUUUAACCCCAACCCAGGCCAGUUUAACCCUAACCCAUACCAGUUUGACCCUAACCCAGGCCGGUUUAACCCUAACCCAAACCAGGUUUGACCCUAACCCAGGCCAGUUUAACCCUAACCCAAACCGGUUUGACCCUAACCCAGACCGGUUUAACCCCAACCCAGGCCAGUUUAACCCUAACCCAUACCAGUUUGACCCUAACCCAGGCCAGUUUAACCCUAACCCAAACCAGUUUGACCCUAACCCAGGCCAGUUUAACCCUAACCCAAACCAGUUUGACCCUAACCCAGACGGGUUUAACCCCAACCCAGACUGGUUUAACCCCAACACAGACCGGUUUAACCCCAACACAGACCAGUUUGACCCUAACCCAGACAGGUUUAACCCAACCCAGACCGGUUUAACCCUAGCCUGGACCAGUUUGACCCUAACUCGGACUGGACUGACCCUCUCUGUGGUUUCUGGACGCUGCAGAUGAUCCAGUAAUUAGAUGGAGCUGAUCUGAACUGAAAGGACAAAGUGGACUUUAGUUGUUUUUCUCUUCUUGACUUGCAGUGGUUCAGUAAUUCUGUCGAUAUAAACUCCUUUUGGACAAAGUGUUUUGAUAGUGAAAAAUAUUCUGAAUAUUAUUAUUGCUGUUUGGCGAAAUGAACAGAUUGUUGUUGGAUAUUUCUGUGUUUGAUGUUUGCUUGAUGCAAGUUGACGCAAAAAGAAAAAGUUUUUGUAAAUAUAAUUUAUUCUCCCAGGACCCGCCAAUCAUGUGACAGUGUUAAGGUCAGAGGUCAUCGCUGUUUCUCCAUGCAGCCAGAGCCACGUGGCGGCCAUGCCGGGUGAAGGUUAAAGGAAGGGUGUUUUAGAAAACUCUGCAUUCUCCUCGGUCAGAUGAUGCUUGGGGACAUGGCUAGCCUGGCUUUGCACAAAAAGAGGAAGUCAGAGGAACUACUACCAAGAAAAAAAAUACAUGAGUUUUCCAGAAUUUUGAAGAGUAAAACCCCUGAAACGCUGCACAACCACUACAAAACCAGCUCAACUACAUCAUUAUUAAUGGAUAAUUUGAAAAUAUGUUGAGAUAAUAAGUUAGCUCCAGCUACAAAACCACACCAUCUCUAUAUACGUGGGAAAUUCAGUACAAAAGUGUUAUGAAAAGUGCAUUUCUAGAGGCUUGUCCUUCUUUAACUUCUACCUCACUCCCUGAGUCUGUGCAUGGCUCUGGCUGCCAGCGUGUUUUUAGCAUGUUUUUGGCAUGUAAAGCAGUGGGAAUGGAAUGAAAUGGCCAGUAACUCCGCCUUCUAGCUCUCAUCAUCACCUCCUGCUUUGCUGUGGUGAAAACGUGUCUGUGGUUUAUUCUCUUUGAGUUUUAUCUGAUCUUAACUGUUUGCAGAGAAGCUUAAAGGCUGGAUAGGACUAGUUCUGACUGGUUCUAACCGGACCUGACCACUUCUGUUGGGUUCUAACCAGUUCUGACGUGGUUCUGACUGGACCGGAGCAGUGUGUGUGAUACAGUUGAACAGUGGUGUAUCGUAUCAGUCACUCUUUGUUCAGUGAGUUGUUGGUUAAUAUAUCAGAUCUGUGUACUGUAUUUAAGCUGCUGUUUUUUGUUUGGGCUGGACGUCCCAUCAGAACCGACAACAGCCGGUGAUACUAGUUAGAGCCGGUUUUAACUACAGAUGCCCAAGUUAUCACACAAUGGAGGAUUAUUUUAGAAGAGGUGCUUCCGUAUUAAUCAGCUUGUAAUUGUUCUGAAGUGUUGGCAUUAUUUAAAUGUCAGUGAAAAACUCAGCUAGCAUCUGUUUACAACCGGUUACAGCUGGUAAAAUCUAGUUAUAACUGGUUACAGCUGGUAAAAACUAGUUAGAACUGGUUACAGCUGUUAAAAAAUAGUUACAAUUGAUUACAGCUGGUAAAAACUAGUUAUAACCGGUUACAGCUGGUAAAAACUAGUUAUGACCGGUUACAGCUGGUAAAAACUAGUUAUGAGCUGUAGGAAGUUACAGUUUUAUUGAAGUUACAGUUUUACUUUUUAAAAGAAGCUUUUAGGCAGUUAAACAGAAAUGUAAAGUAUAUGCAGCCUGGUAAUCUGGUUAGAUCUGGUUAGAUUCUCGUAAUCUGGUUAGAUCUGGUUAGAUUCUGGUAAUCUGGUUACUGCUGGUAAUCUGGUUAGAUCUGGUUAGAUCCUGGUAAUCUGGUUAGAUCUGGUGAGAUCUGGUGAGAUCUGAUUAGAUCCUGGUAAUCUGGUUAGAUCUGGUUAGAUCCUGGUAAUCUGGUUAGAUCUGGUUAGAUUCUGGUAGUCUGGUUAGAUCCUGGUAAUCUGGUUAGAUCCUGGUAAUCUGGUUAGAUUGUGGUAGUCUGGUUAGAUCUGGUUAGAGCCUGGUAAUCUGGCUAGAUCCUGGUAAUCUGGUUAGAUCCUGGUAAUCUGGUUAGAUUCUGGUAGUCUGGUUAGAUCUGGUUAGAGCCUGGUAAUCUGGCUAGAUCCUGGUAAUCUGGUUAGAUCCUGGUAAUCUGGUUAGAUUCUAGUAGUCUGGUUAGAUCUGGUUAGAUCCUGGUAAUCUGACUAGAUCCUGGUAAUCCGGUUAGAUCCCGGUAAUCUGGUUAGAUUCUGGCAAUUUGGUUACUGCUGGUUCGAGCCACAUGAAGCCCGUUUUACCAGCGGGUUAGUAAUGGUGACAGCACGUUUGAAGGGCUUUAAGUUAAAAGAGGCUAGUUUGGACCAGUUAGACUCAGAACUAGUCAGUUGUACCCAGCUGGCUAUGAACUGGUUGAACUGGUGCAGGGCAGUCUGAACUGGUUUUAUUGAACUCAUGUUGUGCCAAACCAGAUUCCUGUCAGUGUUCACUUUUUAUUUCUUGGUAAAUGAAUGUCAUCACAGCAUGUUCAUCGAUGGUCUGUCUCAGUGCUGUGGACUGUUAAUGGCUGUUGUUACCAUGGAGACUGUCAGGAGACCAGACAAGCCAAUCCGAGGUGGAUUCCAUGAUGGUGUCACUUAGUCAGAUGACAUCAUUUCUGACCACAGCUCAGAUCUUCUGACUUGUUGCCAUAGUAACCUACUAGGCGUCUGGAGCUGACAUGUUACCAUUGGCAACCACUGUGGCUCCUCAGUGAUUUCCAGAGCUGCUGGAGAUAGUGUUGCUACGGUAACCACAGCCACCGGCUUCAUAGUGUAUAGGCCCCAUGUUACCAUAGCAACCAGUGGACCCUAGUUGCUGUGACGACUGCUCCUUCCACCAUCCCUGUCUCCAGUGUAACAGCAGCACAGUCGUGUACCUCCUCAUUUAUGUUGUACUAUUGAUUAUUGAUGGAUGGAUUGAUUGCAGGUGAUUGGUUAGUGGCCGGCCACUGCCUUCCAUGCUGUCGGUGUCUGUUUCCCAUCAUGCACCUCUUUAAGAAAAUAAGAUGACAAAUGUAAUAAAUGAGGUUAUAAUUGAAAUAAAAACGUAUGGAAGUAAA